CCAUUGCCAUGUAAUAUCCUCCACUGGCAGCAACAUCAGCCAUUGAUGCGACAACAGUCAGAAGCAAGAGCAUCCCCUCCAGGACUAUCAAUGCGAAGGAUGACGGCUUUAUACACUUUUGACUCUGAAAAGAAUCUUACAGUACAUUGCAAAAAGAUAACUCCUGGUGAAUACUUCCUACUAUGUCUAAAGCUCCCAUUCCCAUGUGGAAUGAUUGCUGCACCAAUGCGUAUUUUCUCAAUGAAUUGCUCAGCAAUAAUCCCUGAACUGGAUAUAUUAAGUGGACUUCGCACUCGGCUAAUCUCUCCAGAGGCUCUAAUUAUGGCUAUACAGCCUCCAUUACCAGUCAAUCCUAGAGUCCAUUUCUUAACACGGCAGUAUCUC